AGCUAUCCAUUUAAUGUGCAGGGUGUUUUCGCGUGUAGAGAUUGUGUCAUAGAUCAUACUCCAACAUUUGGAUGCCUUCAUCUUGCUUUAGUUGUGCAGAGGUUCAAUCCACUUUGCACUUGUUUCGUUUGUUGUCUGACAAGAUGUUUGUGUAUUACAGAAUGAUAUUGGAUUCGAAUACCAUGAAAGUGUAAUGAUUUUUGAAAGAAAAAGGAAGAAGCAGAAGCUGCAUCCUCUUCAGAGCUUGGUAGAAGUCUCAUCUCAAAUCCUGAUUUCCUAACGCUAGCUUCUUCUUCAGCCACUCUUUUUUUCUGAUCCCUAAGCUCCAUAUCUGCAGGAAAAGAAGGUCUGAGUUAUUCCAAAAAGAAGCUUGCACGUGUCAUCCAGUUUGAAGCCGGCCCAACAUGGUGAAACCUUGUUGCUUCUUCAUUCACGUUGCAGUUGUGUUAUCAAGAAUUUGCACAAUCUGCUCAGCCAAAACACUAGCUACAGAUGAAGAUGCUCUUGUUUCCUUCAAAACCGCCAUCAUCUCAGACCCUUACGAAAUCUUGAAGAAAAACUGGUCUACUGAUGCAUCUGUGUGCAGCUGGAUUGGCGUCUCUUGCAGCGAUGGAAGAGUGAUGGCCCUCAAUGUCUCCGGCUUUGGCUUUCAAGGCCCUAUUGUUCCCACUCUUGGAAACCUCACAUCCCUCGAGUCUUUAGUGCUUACUGAUAACAACUUCACAGGCUCCAUACCCCAAGACCUGUCUAAGUUGAGCCAUCUCAGAGUCUUUGAAGCUGGAUUCAACCAACUCAGUGGGGAGAUACCGUCAUGGCUGGGAAGCUUGAGGGAGCUAGAGAGUGUUCGUCUCAAUGGAAACGCCUUCUCUGGCAGCAUCCCGCGGUCAAUAGGUAACAACACUAAGCUGAGGAUUCUGAACCUGGCCUACAAUUCUCUUGGUGGAGUCAUCCCACUAGAGAUUGGCAAUCUCUCGUUCUUGACAACAUUAGACCUCAAGUACAAUGGCCAGAUUGCAGAUUCUAUCCCAGAUGGAAUAUUCGAGCUGCCUAGAAUCGAAGGGAUCGAUCUGACAGCUAACAGUCUAUCUGGUGAGCUCCCAAACAGCAUGUGUAACAACGUGCCUCAACUGAGUGGACUUCAUAUCUCUGCAAACCUACUUGGUGGGAACAUUCCGUUUGGUAUCCACAACUGCAGCAGGCUGCGAGAUUUGUCCUUGUCCUAUAACAAUUUCAAUGGCAGCAUACCGAGUUCAAUCGGAUUGUUAGCCAACCUUGAAACCUUGUAUCUGGGGUCCAACUCCUUCCAUGAUGGGGGGAUUCCACCGGACAUACGCAACCUCUCGCGUUUGCAGGUGCUCAGUCUACAACAUGCGUCUCUGACGGGGCAAAUCCCAUCUUAUAUCUUCAACAUGUCCUCUCUCGAGAUGUUGGAUCUCUCAAACAACACUCUCUCGGGAGGCCUUCCGAGUGGUGGUGCACCUAAACUUGAGCAGCUGUUUCUUGGCUCCAAUCGGUUAAGUGGCCGAGUUUCAGACAGAAUAUGCAACUGCAGAAGCCUCUAUUUGAUUUCAUUGUACAACAACAACUUCACGGGCAACAUACCUAAGUGUCUUGCAAAUCUUACCGCUCUAAAUUACCUAUUUCUAGGCACAAACAACUUCACAGGUGAGUUACCUGCUGAGCUAGGUAGCCUUAAUCUGGUGCAAAUCUCUGUCUCUGUCAACGGGUUAUCUGGUGGCAUCCCAAUCUCUAUCUUCAACAUAUCAUCAAUGAAGGAGAUGGAUUUUUCAAUGAAUCACUUCACUGGGAAGCUUCCUUCAACAAUGGGGCUUUCACUUCCCAAUCUACAACGGCUUUUUUUGGGCGACAACAAACUCAGUGGACCAAUUCCAAGCUCCAUCGCCAAUGCUUCUAGUCUUGUUGUCCUGGCUAUGACCUCCAACUCUUUCAGUGGCGUAGUACCCCAUUUUGGUGAUCUAAGACUCUUGCAACGCCUUUUUAUGGGAGAGAAUAAUCUAACAGGAACAUCUUUCUUGUCUUCUUUAUCAAACUGCCAAUUAUUGACUGAAGUAGAAUUUUCACUCAAUCAGCUCAAUGAUAUGCUUCCUGCUUCAAUAGGCAACUUCUCUGCUACUUUUCAGAUUUUCAGAGCGUUUGGAUGUGGAAUCACAGGUUCCAUUCCUGCUGAAAUUGGCAACUUGAUCAACUUACGUGACUUGUAUUUGGACAGCAACGAGCUAACAGGAUCCAUACCAAGCACACUGGGAAAUCUAAGCCAACUCAUACGCGUAUAUCUCGAGUACAACAAGCUUCAAGGGUACAUCCCCGGAUACCUUUGCCAGUUAAGCCGUUUGGGGGACUUGUACGUGAGCCAUAACAUGCUCCAUGGGCACAUCCCUACGUGUAUUGGUGAAAUGAAAACUUUGAGAAGAUUAUACAUCGACUCUAAUAAGUUGGAAGGCAAUGUACCAUCCACCUUAUGGCAGCUCAAUGAUCUAGUGGCCUUGAAUUUGUCCACAAACAGUUUGAAUGGCUCUCUGCCGUCUGAGAUAGGAAAUUUGAGGGCUAUGACGGAUUUGGACUUGUCGUGGAAUCAGUUCUCAGGCGGCGUCUCUAGCUCUAUAGAUAGAGCAGAGUCGUUGGUUGUGCUAUCUUUGGCACAUAACAAGUUUCAAGGGCCUAUUCCUGAAUCAAUCGGUAAGUUGAGAGGCUUGGAAUCAUUAGAUAUCUCGUUUAAUGCUUUUUCCGGUUCUAUACCUAAAUCACUCGAGGACCUCCCCUACCUCAAGUACUUGAAUCUCUCUCACAACAGACUCGAAGGGGAGAUUCCUGAAGGAGGUUCUUUUGCUAACUUCACUGAUGAAUCGUUCGUAGAAAACUAUGGUUUGUGUAGUGAGACUCGUAUGGUGCAGCUACGCGUCCCACAUUGUGGACAGAGGUCCAAGAGUGUGCACUCUUGGAUCUGGUACAUCAAGUAUGUGAUGCCUCCUUGCCUACUUGCCCUUAUUAUGCUGAUCAUCGCUCUCGUUUUACUGAUGAAAAGACGAAGACCAAGGAUGAAAGAGCAGCCACAAGACGAACUUUCAAUGCUUCGUGCAUGGAGAGGAAGCUCCUACUUAGAGAUGCAGCGGGCGACAGAUGGAUUCAGUGAGAGCAACAUACUAGGAAGAGGAAGUUUUGGGACAGUGUACAAAGGAACUCUGUUAUCUGGCUUAACUGUUGCAGUGAAAGUUUUCAACUUGCAGUCUGAGAAAGUGGGCAAGAGCUUUGAUACAGAGGUAGAGGUGUUGAGCUCGAUUCGGCAUAGGAAUCUGAUCAAGAUAAUCGGCUGCUGCAGCAGUGAGGACUUCAAAGCUUUGCUCUACGAGUACAUGCCUAAUGGCAGCCUUGAGGAAUGGCUGCAUUCCAGUGAUGAGCGCUUCUUGGACUUGCAACGACGAGUGGGCGUGGCCCUGGACAUCGCGUCUGCCUUGGAAUAUCUUCAUGUUGGCCUCACAUCCCCCAUUGUUCACUGCGAUUUGAAACCGAGUAAUGUGCUGCUGGACAAAGAUAUGACGGCGCGUGUGGGUGAUUUCGGUAUAGCCAAGCUGUUUGGAGAGGGAAACUUGAUGGCUCAAACCAGAACCUUAGCUACCAUUGGAUAUAUGUCUCCAGAAUAUGGUGCUCAAGGCAUCGUGUCCACCGGCGGCGACGUAUACAGCUUUGGCAUAAUGUUGCUGGAGUUGUGCACUAAUAAAAGGCCUACGGACGAUAUGUUCGGCGACGAAAUGAGCUUGAAGUCAUGGGUGAGCCUUGCUUUGCAUAGGAACGCGAUAGUUGAAGUCGUGGACACGACUUUGCUAGAAGGAGAAGAGAAGGAUUUCUUAGCGAAUGAGCAAUGCUUGGCAUCUCUUUUGAGUUUGGCAAUGGAAUGCUUAGCCACUUCACCUUUGGAUAGAAUCAAAAUACGUGAAGUUGUAGUCAACUUGGACUAUAUUAGAACUAUGUUUAUGGCAAAGACCAAGGAAUAAACAAGCAUAUAUACAACAAUGUUUGAAAAGUAUCCAUUAAAAAUUUAAAAUAAAUGUGUUCAAAUUUACCAAUGUAAGUUUAUCUGAAGUGUGUUAUGUAUCA